AUGGCGGAUAAGGAAGCAACUGUCUACAUCGUGGAUGUUGGGCGUUCAAUGGGUAGAAAGCAUCAGGGCCGAAAGGAGACAGAUUUCGACUGGGCAAUGCGAUAUGUGUGGGACAAAAUCACUACAAUGGUGGCCACGGGACGAAAGACGUUGCUGAUAGGAGUCCUGGGCCUUAAAACAGAUGGUACGAAGAAUGAGCUGGCGGAGGACGAGAGCUAUGCACACAUUACGCUGUUUCAACCUAUAUCUCAGAUUCUGAUGCCGGAUCUGAGAAGACUGCGUGAGGUCAUCAAACCUAGCAAAACAGAUCGAGGAGACGCUGUUUCCGCCAUUGUCUUGGCCAUACAUAUGAUCAUCAAGCAAUGCAAACAGCUCAAGUAUAGAAGACGAAUAGUUCUUGUGACUGAUGGCAAAGGCUACAUUGAUUCCGACCCAGACAGUCUGAAUGACAUUAUCAAAAAGAUCAAUGGCGAUAACAUGGAGCUAGUAGUGCUUGGUAUUGAUUUUGAUGAUCCUGAAUACGGCUUCAAGGAAGAGGAGAAACCACCACAGAAAACCAAAAAUGAGGCAUUUCUCCGGGAUCUGACCGAGAAGUGCCACGGCGUUUUUGGCACCAUGGCUCAGGCUGUGGAAGAGCUUGACAUCCCACGACUGAAGACGAUAAAACCUGUCCAUUCUUACCGAGGGACAUUGACACUAGGAGAUCCAAAGGAAUACGACACCGCCCUCAGCAUUGAUGUGGAGCGCUUUCCACGUACCAUGAUCGCUAAGCCUCCUUCAGCUAGUGCCUUUGUUCUGAGGUCUGAUAGUGGCGAGCCAACACAAUCGACAGGAACAGUGGUGGCGGACGGCGAGGAGGAUGAAGCCAUCCAGAGGAACGGGAACACACUGACCAAUGUUCGAAGUGCAUAUUCUUACACGGUGGCCGACGCCGAUGCUCCUGGCGGAAAGAAGGAUGUCGCCAGGGACGAUUUGGCCAAGGGCUACGAAUAUGGACGCACGGUAGUCCCCAUUAGUGAGAGCGAUGAAAACAUUACGAAGCUAGAAUCUGAAGCUGCAAUGGAGAUUGUUGGAUUUGUGCCAAAGGAUAAAUACGAACGAUACAUGGCCAUGGGAACCUCAAACAUAGUUAUUGCCCAGAAGACCAAUGACAAAGCGGUGAUAGCCCUGUCGUCCUUGAUUCAUGCUCUCUUUGAGCUUGAUGCUUACGCCGUAGCCAGAGUCGUCAAGAAAGACGGCUCUGAUCCACUUCUUAUCCUCCUCUCACCCUCGGUCGAGAAGGACUACGAAUGCCUGAUCGAGAAUCAACUCCCUUUCAGCGAAGAUGUCCGCUCAUACCGCUUCCCACCAAUCGAUAAGAUUGUCACAGUCUCUGGCAAGGUGGUUACACAGCAUCGAAAUCUUCCUACCAAGGAUCUUUCACAGGCCAUGAGCGACUUCGUGGACAAGAUGGACAUCUCUCACUUUGACAGAAACGACGAAGGUGAAGCAGGAGAAUACAUGGCACUGGAAGAUGUAUUUUCUCCCGUCUUGCACAGAAUUGAGCAGGCAAAACGCUGGCGUGCUGUUCGACCCAUGGAGCCUGUACCACCUGUUCCUGAGGUGUUACUGAAGUAUUCUGAGCAGCCUGAAGAGCUGCAGCGAGAGGCCAAGCCCGCACUGCAAAGACUAAUCAAGGCUGCAGAUGUAAAGAAAGUUCCACCAAAGGUCAAAGGCAGAAAGCGCAACCGCGAAGCCGAUAAGCCUCUGUCAGGCCUCAAUGUCGAUGACCUCUUCCGUCAACAGCCAAAACGCGCCAAAAUCUCCUCCGAGAACUCAAUACCGGAAUUUAAGCAAACGCUCGCUCGAGCUGAAGACAUUGAAGACAUUAAGGACGCUGUCAAGCAGAUGGCGGCAAUCAUUGAAAACCAGAUCAAGGACAGCUUUGGGAACAGCAAUUACGAUCGCGUUCUAGAAGAAUUGGGUGUGAUGCGCUCCGAGUUGACAGAACUGGAGGAGCCCGUGCUCUAUAAUGAUAUAUUGCGUGGACUCAAGAUGAAAAUUAUGGCAGAAGAAUUGGGUGGAGAGCGAAGGGAGAUGUGGUGGUCCAUUCGAAGGAAUCGGCUGAGUUUAAUCGACAAGAAAAUGUCGGCUGUCUCUGAUGUGACAGAGGAAGAAGUGAAGGAGUUCAAUGCUGCGAAAUGA